AUGUUUAAACAUAAUUCAGUAGCUGCAGCUAAUUAUGAAAGCCAUGAAACAGCUCUUCAGUCAGAUUGCGAAACUGUACAGAUUGGUGUUCUUUUAGAGUCUGAUUCAUCCAUGGACAUGAUACAUUUAUGUUUGUCCAUUGCUCUUUCAGACUUCUAUGCAGCUCAUCCAGAUUAUAAAUCAAGGUUAUCUCUUCAAAUCCAAUGUGUAAAGGAGGAACUGGAUGUAGAUUUUGCAGUUCUAGAAAUGCUAAAGAAUGGAGAAGUUCGUGGUGUUAUGGGACCCCAAUGGUCAAAAGAGCCCACAUUUGCUGUUAAACUGGGAGAAAGAGCUCAUGUUCCUGUCAUUUCAUUCACAGCGAAAACCCGAGCCUUUUUCUCAGCCAGAUGUAGGCCUAGAUUUAUUGCUGCAAGUAGAGAAAUGGCUAGAAACCCAGAUCUGAAAACCAUCAAAGAUUUUGCUUCUACCAUAGAUUCCGGUGAAAAGAAUUAUCGAGAAACCAACGGUUUUGAGGCAAUAAAGGAUGAUUGGACGGAUGAAGAUAGAGAAAAGAUCGAGGAGCUCGCAGAGGAUUUAAAGAAACUUGAGAAGUACUCAAAAGUUGUUAAGUGGAGUGAUAUGCAACAUUACAUCCCCGCUAUUCCUGUCGAGGAGAAAGAAAUUAUUAACGUCCUUGAUAUUCCUGUCGAGGAGAAGAAAGAUGAACACUGCCAUGAUGAACUGUACAAAACGCUCGAGAGACUUGAGGCAAGAACUAGACAAAACCCGAGUCAAGAGAGAUCAGGUCUUGAUCAAGAAGAUGGCCCUCGAGGAGAGAAACCUGCAGUUGCAAUCCAAGGAGCUGGCCUCUGUCCCAGGCCAAAUAUGAGGAAGAUGUUGCCCACAGGUGGUAUGGCUGCCAUCGUGGAAGAAAUCAAUAAGGCUGCUGUGGAGUAUGGAUGCCACGGGGUUGCUAUUGCAAGCCUGAAAAGACUCAAUGAGAACAGGCCUAUCAAGGCCAAGUGGUUCAAGCAGUUCUUGAAGGAAAACCCGAAGAAGGCCAUGCACGAGGCGUUGAUGAAAAGCCUCAGCAAGCUAAAUGUCGAGCAGCUGCCCCUGUGGGAGCCCUUAUGUGGAGCUUUGGCCAAGAUGGGUGGUCCCGAGGACAUUUCCUCAUUCCUAGGAGACUUAGCCACCAUUCUGUCGAGAGGGCCUGGUGAGAAAUUGAUAGCUCCGGAUGUCCUUGACGAGUAUAUCGGCGUUGAGCUCGAGGAUGAUGAUGAUGAUGUCUCAGAAGAAGGCGAGACCGGCAACUCGGGAGCUAAGAAAGAUGAUCCCCACCUGAAGAUAAUGCUGGAUAGUUGGCCUGUUCAUCGAAUCCACCUUAUGAUUUUGUCAGAGGAACAAUCCAAGGAAUAUCCUUUAUACUCGAUGAUUAGCACCAUCAUGAGGAGGAGGGCUGAGAUUCACAGUAUUGAAACAGUGAUGGGCCUGGAGGAAGACAUCCUCGAUGCCAUUCAAGCCCAGAAUGUGAGGGUUAAUCAGCACCUAAUUGAAGAAAUCAAGGGGCUUCAGAAAACUCGUGACAUGGAGCUUCUUAGUGGCUAUUGCAGUGUCCUUCAGAACAAACUGGCGGACUAUCAGAUUGACUUUCCCAGUUUCGAGAAGCUUGAAGAGUAUGUGGUCCCGAGGACCAGGAGCUCUCAAGAAGAGUUGCUCUUAAGGAUGGUUGAUCAAGAUGAGGAGAUCGUUGAUCUGAAAGACAAGCUUAACCAGUGCGUUAAUCUUCUUAGCCAGCAUGGGUUCAAGGGUAUCAUCCAUCCCUCUCUUGAUAAUCCGGGAAGAGAGGCCCUUGUAAUAGUGUAG